AUGAGGCCAAGCUUGCAACUGAGGCCCAGGGAGGCCUUUGCAGCGUUCAGGACGCCACAUCUUCAGGGAAAAUACUCCAGGAAAAAUCUGCAUGUGUGCGCUGGCGUGCUGACAGCCACAGGGCCGCGCUUUCAAGCUGAAGAUGUGACUGUGAAGGGCACCCUUGGAGAAGGAUCCUACGGCCAAGUCUUUGAGGGAGUGCUGAAAAGGAAUGGGGCCUCCGAGCAUGUGGUGCUCAAGAGGGUGAAGACGAGAGUGGAGGGCGCUGAGGAGAUGGGCCAAAUGGAGCUGCUCCUGAAUGUGUACGCGGCCUCCAAGGCAAGGGGGAGCAUCGCCGACUUCAUGGGCCACUGCGCUGUGCAGCCAGAAGAGGCCAACCACCGCCUCACCCCAGGCCUCUGGCUGGUGUGGAGGUAUGAGGGCUCCAAGACGCUGGCGUACUACCUGAAGCGGCGCGACUGCAUCCGCGCACUCGCAAAGGACCUGGCUGUGCCCGAGGAGGCCGUUCCGGCAACUGUCAUGAAGCACAUCUUCGAGUGCCUCACGGCGCUGCACAAUGCUGGCGUGGUGCACCGCGAUGUGAAGCCCCUGAACCUGGUUCUGGCCGAGAAGGAGCGCCGCUUCAAGCUGAUUGAUCUGGGCGCGGCAGCCGAUCUGCGCAACGGCACGAAUUACACCCCCGAUGAGUCCAUUCUGGACCCCAGCUACUGCCCCCCAGAGCAAUAUUGCCUGCCCACCAGCGCCCCCCACCUCGGCCGCCAGCUGGCGCCCCUCAAACUCGCCAUAUCCCCCCUGCUCUGGUCCCGCCACAAACCAGACUGCUUUGACUCCUUCUCCACAGGGCUGGUGCUGAUGCAGCUGGCGGUGCCCAAGCUGCGGUCGGCGGGGUCGCUUCGCGCGUUUAACAAGCAACUGCAGGCGCAGCGCUGCGACCUCGCCGAGUGGCGCGCGCGGGAGCGGCUGCCGGCUUCGCAGUCGGCUGCGCUCGACGCCGACAACGGCGCCGGAUGGGACCUCGUGCAGGCGCUGCUGCGGCCGCGCAAGCUCGAGGUGGGCAUGCGGCUUACGCGUACAGACUGGGUCCAUGUUUUGUUUUGA